UUCAAACAACAGGAAACCCAGGCCAGGCUGGGACUCCACCCUGCCCGGGGCCUCUCUGUCAGUCUGUCCCCCGGGGAGGCCAUGAACAUCAGCACCUGGUCCUGUCACCGGCUGGCGGCCAGCGGUCACAGCCUCCUCAUCGUCCUGCAUUACAACCACAGUGGGCGGCUGGCCGGCCGCGGGGGGCCCGAGGACGGUGGCGGGCUGGGGACGCUGCGGGGACCGUCGGUGGCGGCGGGCUGCCUGGUGGUGCUAGAGAACGCGGUGGUGCUGGCCGCCAUCGCCACUCGCAUGCGGUCCCGCCGCUGGGUGUACUACUGCCUGCUGAACAUCACGCUGAGCGACCUGCUCACCGGCCUGGCCUACCUGGUCAACGUACUGCUGUCGGGGACGCGCACCUUCCAGCUGUCCCCCGCGCACUGGUUCCUGCGGGAGGGCAUCCUCUUCAUGGCCCUGGCCGCGUCCACCUUCAGCUUGCUCUUCACGGCCGGCGAGCGCUUCGCCACCAUGGUGCGGGUGGCCGAGAGCGGGGCCACCAAGACCAGCCGCGUGUACGGCUGCAUCGGGCUGUGCUGGCUGCUGGCGGCCACGCUGGGCCUCCUGCCCCUCCUGGGCUGGAACUGCGUGUGUGCCUUCCCUCGCUGCUCCAGCCUGCUGCCCCUCUACUCCAAGGGCUACGUGCUCUUCUGCGUGGUGGUCUUCGCCCUCAUCCUGGUGGCCAUCCUGGGCCUCUACGGGGCCAUCUUUAGGGUGGUCCGGGUCAACGGGAAGAAGUGCCCCCGGGCUCCGGCCCGCCGCAAGGCCCGCAGACUGCUCAACACGGUGCUGAUGAUCUUGGUGGCUUUCGUGGUGUGCUGGGGUCCCCUGUUCGGCUUGCUCCUGGCCGACAUCUUCGGUUCCAACGUCUGGGCCCAGGAGUACCUGCGUGGCAUGGAUUGGAUCCUCGCCCUGGCGGUGCUCAACUCCGCCAUCAACCCCCUCAUCUACUCCUUCCGCAGCCGCGAGGUGCAGCGCUCGGUGCUGGCCUUCCUCUGUUGUGGCUGUCUCUGGUUGGGCCUGCGGGGUCCUGGUGACUGCCUGACUCGGAUCACAGAGGUCCAGUCCGGUGCGUCCACCACUGACAGUUCGCUGAGGACCAGAGACAGUUUUCGGGCUUCCAGGUCACACAGCUUCAGGAUGCGCGAGCCGCUGUCUAGCGUUUCCAGUGUCCGGAGCGUCUAGAGCAUGGACGGGCCAGUUGCCAGGGCGAGCACAGCACAGGCCCUCCCGGGAGAGGUGAGAAGGGACUGGACACGAUCCUGGCCUGAUGAUGACGGGGAACAUGCCAGCAGAUCCUGGGGUCUGUGCACAGAGCUGCCAGUGCUGAAUGUCGGGCAGAGCAGAGUGGCUCGAGCCAGAUCCAGUGGGUCUGGGCCUCAGUCUGGACUCACAUUCACCAGGAGGUGAAGGGGACACACCAUGUCCGAGUUCACCAACAGGACAGGUCACUGUGGCUCCUUCUUAGUCACACAUGUGUGUGUUGAGGGAGGGUAGGGGUGGAAGGGGAGGCUGCUGUAACGAGUCUCCUUGUCAUUCCUAGUGGUGCUUUGGGGGUGUGCUGAGAUGGGGGCCUGCCCGUUUGGGGCCCGGAGACCACCUGUCAAUCAUCUCUCUUCACAAUGACUUCCCCACUGGGACAGGCUCCCGCCCCCAUGGUCUCCCACCCUCAGGUCAGUUUCUCUGUUGUUGUGGGAAGAACUGACCCGCCCACCCCGGGUCUGGGGCAAUAUCUUGCCCUGGUCCGGUAACCCCGUGGCCUCACCCUUCCGUUUCUGAACUAUGGUGAUGUGUGUGACAGGGGACCGCGGACCCACUGUUCAAAAGCGCAGCCUCGAGCCACGCAUGACUGCCUAAGAGUUAUUAAAAUGAAGGAAACCUACACAUUUGGUUUCUCAGCGUAUUGUAACCGAGUCUCACCG